AUGAAUAAUAUUAUUAAUUAUUUUAGCAACUUUAUUCUUGUUGUACUUGCAUUUUUUAGAAGAAUUCCAUAUGUAGUAGAACUUUUGAAUAUGGAACAUAUUAAACAAUUUAUUGGCAGAACUUCAUGGGAAUGUUGUUUACCAGAAUAA